AUGAUGACAGUGCAACAAUUAGAUGUCCUUCGUGACCAACUCAAGCAAGAACUGAACUCUUCCUCCAGCAAUCUUCAAAAAGUGGGUCAACUGUUGACUCAAGCCAAGGUUGGUUUGAUUGAACUCGGUGCAUUCGUUCCUGUUGCAGGCAAGACUGAUCCCAAUGUACUUGUCACCGCACGCGACAUUUUGGAGGCAGGCGCCUACUACAGUGUUCGCAUCAAGGACAUUGCCUCAUUUGAAAGAUACAUUGCUCAACUCAACACAUAUUAUCACGACCUUGCAUCUGUGCUUCCUCCUUCAACUCAAAUGUACCCACUUAUCGGCUUGAAUUUGCUUCGAUUGUUAUCACAAAAUAGAUUAUCUGAUUUCCACACUGCACUCGAAACAAUUGACCUUGAUCAGUUGCAGUCAAAUCAAUUCAUCAAGCAAGCAGUUGAUUUAGAGCAAUUUUUGAUGGAAGGUAGUUACAACAAGGUCUGGAGCACAAGAAGCACUGUUCAAGGAGAGGAAUUCAUGUUUUUUUAUGAUAUUUUAAUCAGUACCAUCAGACAUGAAAUUGCUAGUUGCAGUGAGAAAGCCUAUGAAUACCUUCCUUUGAACGAUGCCAGCACUUUGUUGUUCUUGAAGAAUACCGAGGAACUAUUGAAUUUUGCAAACGAGAGAGGAUGGAAGGUCAAUCCAGCUGAACAAAAGGUUUACUUUGGCACAGAAGAUGAUAGCAUUGUAGAGAUCCCUCAAGAACAAAUCAUUACUCGCACAUUAGGAUAUGCUAGAGAACUUGAACGUAUUGUAUAA